AGAGUGAGGGAGACUGGGAGAGAGAUGACGCAGGGAACGCCGACGCAGGCGUAUGGAGAGCCGUCGUACUGGGACAACAGGUAUGCCCAGGACACUGGGCCGUUUGAUUGGUACCAGAAGUACCCAUCCUUAGCGCCGUUGUUACAUAUGUACGUUCGUCGAGAUCACCGGAUCCUAGUCGUCGGCUGCGGUAACGCAGUGUUCAGUGAAGGAAUGGUUGAUGAUGGUUUCCGAGAUGUUGUCAACAUUGAUAUAUCCUCAGUAGUGAUUGAAGCCAUGCAAAAGAAAUACCAAGAUCGUCCAGAACUGAAAUAUAUUAAAAUGGAUGUUCGAGAUAUGGGUGAUUUUGAGUCAGGUUACUUUGAUGCUGUCAUUGAUAAAGGAACUCUAGACUCCCUCAUGUGUGGACACAAUUCACAACAAAAUGCAACUAAGAUGCUUGAGGAGGUUGGAAGGGUCCUCAAAAACAAAGGUGUCUAUAUUCUCAUUACUUAUGGAGCUCCAGUUUAUCGUCUACAUUUGUUGAGAGGCCUGUGCUUGUGGACAAUAAAACUUCAUGUAAUAGAGAAGCUUGAGGCUGAAAGAAGCACAGAGCAUAAAAAAUGGGAGUUGACAAAUCCUGUUUCACUGGACGAGGGAAGUAGCUCAGUUGAUACAGCCCUUAGAGAUAAUCCUGAGAUCCAUUAUAUUUAUGUCUGUACAAAGGCUGAGUCUGUAAGACCAGAAGUCAAUCAUGAGACAAACCUUUGAGGAAGAAGAUGGACUAGUUUGAGUUUCUGAAGUUUUGUAUUGAAAUUUGUAUCCUC